AUGAAAACAGCAAAAGAACUUAGUAAUAUCUUUGACUUUUGUAAUUUUUCAAUAAAACAAUUUAUAUAUGAAUUCACUAAUAUAAGCAAGAGAUUUAAGAGUUCAGAAGUAUUUAGUAUAUUACAACAUGCUAAAAUUCGAAAUUUCGAAGAUGAAAAUUCAGCUUUUGGUGUGAUUGAUGUUAUUUCAAUACUGUUCAAUAACAGUGCUAUAACAGAUGCAGCAUCAUAUAUCAAAAAACAAAAAACAAAACAGGGAAAAUAUAUCAAAUAUUUAUUGACAUGUGUAAAUAGUCAAGAAGAUAUAUCUAAAGCAAUUGAAGAUGGAGAUUAUAAGACAAUAAAAUUUGCAGUAGUCAACGGCUAUGGAUAUGAGGUUUCGAAGGCAAAUUCUAUAAAAUUUUAUGAUUAUAAUUUUGUCAAAGAUGAUGCAUAUUUUGAAAGUAUUUACACUCGUUAUAGUUUAGAUAGUAUUAGAUUUUUGAUAACUCGCGAUAGUAACGAUAUAAAUCUUGUAGAACGUUUUGAUAGAUCAAAUCUUCAUUAUGCAGCAUUAAAUAAUGAUGUUGAAGUUAUAAAAUAUUUUUUUUCUCUUAACAAGAUUGAUAUAAAUGCAAGAAACAUAUACAAUAUAACUGUUCUUCAUUAUGCAGCAUUAAAUAGUGGUGUUGAAAUUGUUAAAUGUUGA